GUUUCUCGCAUCCAAUCAGCGUGCGCGGCCGGCUUUGUGUUCGUUUAUUUUAUUUUUUGCCGACAGCAACCCCUGGCCGAAGCAUCAUGAUGAGCGUGGGGCAGCUCUGCGCCCAGGACCAUGAGAGCGCGAGCGACAUGGAGGACAAGCCGCUGGCGCUGGAGAAGAAGAAGGCGAGCCAGAAGCGCCGGCGCGAGUACAGCCCCAAGCCGUCCGAGGAAGAGCUCGACACGGCCGACACCAACGAAGAGGACGACGACGACGACGAUGACGACGACUUGAGUGGUCGCAGCGACAACGAGCGCCGUGGCAGCGACCACAACCGUUGGUAUUGCAAUGUGUGCAAGGAUGGCGGCGAGCUCCUCUGCUGCGACCGGUGCCCGCGCGCGUUCCACACGGCGUGUCUGACCAUGGACCCGGACGACGUCCCGUCGCCCGACAGCAACUGGUACUGCAAGCUGUGCAGCGACACGCUCGAGCGCCGAAAGGCCAAGCGCGACGUCAAGGAGAUGCGUCGCAAGCGGCGCGAAGAAGAGAAGCGCCAGCGCGAACUGGUUCGCUAUGAGAAGCAGCGGGCCAAGGACGAAGCGUCCGCGCGCCGCAGCGCCAAGGCGCUCGAAGACAAGGCCAAGCGCGUUCUCGACAUGAGGGAGCGCAUUGUCAAGAAGCAAAAGGUCACGUACAAGGACCGCGAGGAAGAGAAGCUCGGGAAGAUUGCCGAGAACCUCGCGGAAACCAUCCGACAGGCAAAGGAGCGUCUCGACAAGCUCGAGAAGGAAGACUUGGCGCUCCGGAAGCGCGAACAGGCGCUCACCAAGAAGCGUGGGUACCCGAUCGAAGACCUCGAGGUCGUGCCCGACGACGACGCGCCGCCGGAGCCCCGACCGACGCCCGUCCCGUGCGACUUUGGCGGUCUUCCGUCAAGCGUCUUCCACGACCUCUUGCCGGUCUGGGACUUCGUCUACUCGUUCCACGACCUCCUCGGCCUCUCGCCCAUCUCGAUCGAGCAGCUCUGCAGCGCGCUCGCAACAUCGGACGCCAUGACGACGCUCGUCAGCGAAGUGCACAUGGCGCUUCUCGACUUGAUUUUAGAAAACCGCGAGGACGCGAGCUACGUGCCCGAAGAAGAAGACGAUAUGGAUGCCAUGGACCGGUACCGGUACGAAGUCGUCCACGCGCCGCUCACGGUCGGCGUCCCGACCUCCAACAUGCUCAACUUCAUCUCGUGGCCGUCGGUGCUGCGUCAUCUCAUCUGCGCCGUACCCCGGUACUUUAACAAUGCGUCGCCUGACCUCCGCGCGGCCGUCGACGGCCUCGCCCAGCACGAGAUUUACGCGCUCCCGAUCGCGCACAAGGUCGCCUUGCUGCGGUUCCUCGUGACGCUUGCGUACAGCACGAACAAGGUCGGGUACCUCAUCAACCACAACGCGACCGAGCGCGUCGAGGCCGCCAAAGAGCACAGCCGAAUGCUCUUCCACGAGAAGCGCGCGGCCGCCGAGGAAGACAAGAAGCUCAAGGAGCUCCAGCGCGCCGAGAAGGCGCGUGUCGCGUCCGAGCAAAAGUCGGCCAUGAGCUCGUGGCUCAAGGGCGGCAAGAAGGGCGCGCCGCCGACUGACGACGACAAGAGCGUCAGCGAGAACGCGUCGGUCGCGUCGGCGAGCGACAAUGACGACUUGGACUCGGACGAGAGCAGCGGCACGGACGAAGAAGAGACGUCGCUCAAGGAGAUGCAAGCGAACGGCGUCAUUUCGCGCCAAGAGUACCUCUCGCGACGAAAGAAGCUCCAGGCCGAGAAGGACGAGAAGCGCCGGGUCCGGCUCGAGACGCGGAAGCGCCAAAAGCAAAAAGAGCAACUCGCGCGGAAGCGGCAGCUCGUGGCGGAAGAGCUCCACGUGGCCAUGGACAUUCGCGACGUCGACCGCCUCCGGUCGUCGCUCAAGGCGGCGCGGGACCUCGGCAUGCACUCGAAGCGGGCCUCGCGCAACGGCGAGCCCGCGACCUCGGCCGACAUCAAGCUCGUGGAGGACGCCGACGAGUUUUUGGAGCGCCUCGAAGCCGACUUGGUCAAGGAGCACGAGAUGGAAGAGCGCAAGCGGGCGUUCGACAAGACGAUGCGUCAGUUCUUCGUGCGCACCGAGCCGGUUGGCAAGGAUCGUAUGAAGCACAAGUACUGGGUCUUCCGCGGCGAUGGGUCCCGUGUCUACGUCGAGAAUGACAAGCACGAGUGGGCCUACUACGACCAACUGAGUGACGUCAAGGCGCUUGUGACGGCGCUCGACGCGCGUGGGACGCGCGAACACCAUUUGAAACUCGAGCUGGCGUCGCUGCUCGAGACGACGCUGACGCCAGUCAAGGAAGAGAGCGCGUGGACCAACAAGGCGCGAUCGUGGUCGGCGCAGCUCUUGCCCAACAUGUCGGUCGACGACCUUGUUGCGCAGCUUGUACACCUUGAGAGCUGGCUCUCCAAGCACUUGGAGGACAAGGCGUCCGAGUCGUGGACGACGACGACCAAAGAAACGUGGCGCACGACGGUGCAAGCGUGCCAGACCGCCAAGGACCUCGUCGCGCCGCUGUUGGCCAUUGAGCGCCAAGUUACCGACGCCCACAUGCCCAAGCUCCUUCACGACAAUGACGAGCACGAUGUCGACAUGGAGGAGGACGAAGACGAUGACGAAGACGAGACGUUUGUGGAUACCGGACUCUGGCCGUCCAAGCAAGCGCGCGACCGGUGGGUCGGCACCGUGCGCUCAAGCACGACGCUCUCGAGCGUCGGGUUGGCACUUGCGUCCUUUCUCCAGCGAAUGGACGUCAUCGGUCUCUCCGAGUCGAGCGUAGCUCGCAAAAGCAUCCGAAAGGAAAAGGAAGAGAGCAAGAUGAAGGAGGACCCGGACACGCCGACGAAAGAAGCGCGUCCGUCCAAGGCCCACGAGUGGGAAGAAUACUGCUGCAUCUGCGGCGACGGCGGCGAGCUCCUCUGCUGCGAUGGCUGCCCCCGGGUCUUUCACUAUACGUGCGUGGGCCUCCGCCGUGUCCCUCGUGGCAAGACGUUUUGCCCGCACUGCGACAAGAGCGUCAAGCCCGUGUACCCGGUGGUUCGGAGAGCCAACCUCGAGCGCGAGGUCAAGGCCGAGUCGUUGGCGUCGCCGACACGUGACGCCAAGACGCCGUCGACGCAGCAGUGGGACUCGUACUGCAACGACUGCGGCGCCGGUGGCACGCUCUUGCUCUGCGACGGCUGCCCCAAGGCGUUCCACGCGGCGUGCCUUCAGCUCGAUGAGGACGAUCUGAGUCCAGGGGAAGACUGGUUUUGCUCGGAAUGCGAAAACCAGUCGUGCGGGCAGUGCAAGCGCGGCCGCAUUCGCAUGGACUCGCACGUCAUUUGCGGCUCGGAGGACGGGACGCGCGGUUGUGAGCGCGUCUUCCACUUGAAAUGCGUCAAGCUCGCGGCCGUGCCGGCGGACGACUGGUACUGCAAAAAGUGCCAAAAGCAGCUCAAGUAGCUCCAUAUAUAUACGUCAUCCUUCUCUGUACA